CCAAGAGUGAAAUGCAGAGGAGUCCACUAAAACCGAAAUUUAAUAAAGAGAUAAGUCUAGCGGAUGCAGCUGCGAAUGCAGAAUUCGCCGAGAAGAAGCGAGUCUGGGUGCCAGACCAAAAAGAGGGUUAUCUCUCUGGAUGGGUAGCGAAGGAGAAUGGUGAGGAGUGGGAUGUAGUAUGCAACAACACUACUAAAACUCUGCGGAAUGACACACUAUCACCACAAAAUCCACCACGGUUUGACAAGGUCUCAGAUAUUGCAGAGCUCACAUACCUUAAUGAAGCAUCUGUCGUGCACAACCUCAGGUCUAGAUAUGGUUCUGAUUUGAUUUACACCUAUUCAGGCCUUUUCUUAGUUGCUGUAAACCCUUAUCGCGAAUUGCCAAUAUACACAGACGCACACGUACAAGCAUACCGCAAUAGGCGGAGGGAAGAUAAUGCUCCCCAUAUAUUCGCAGUUACAGAUAGGGCAUGGAAUGAUAUGAUGGCCGAGCGCGAGAAUCAAUCUGUCUUAAUUACCGGUGAAUCAGGCGCUGGUAAAACAGAAAACACUAAGAAAGUAAUUCAGUACUUGGCGUCAAUAGCUAGUAAUUCAGCCGGUAGAGCACCUUAUGAUCCAAGUUCACGUUCUGAACAUGCACGCACACCAUCGAGAACAUCCACCGCAUUCCUCAAUCCAUCCUCAGUACCUAACUCUCCGUCAAUUGGUAACAGCACCGGAAAUGGCAGUCUGUCGUCGUCAUCUAUGACCACACUCGGUACUCUAGAAAAACAGAUCUUGCAAGCGAAUCCAAUAUUGGAAUCCUUCGGUAAUGCCCAAACUGUCAGGAAUAACAAUUCAUCCAGAUUUGGUAAAUUCGUUCGUAUUGAGUUUAGCACGAAGGGCCAAAUUGCAGGAGCUCACAUUGACUGGUAUUUGCUCGAGAAAUCUAGAGUUAGCGCAAGAUCGAAUCAGGAAAGAUCAUUUCACGUGUUUUACCAUCUCCUAAAUGGUGCUGAUGAAGAUCUACUCAACGCUCUGAAAUUACCAUCGACGGAUCUACUCCAAUACAACUACCUUUCAAAAACACGCAAGCAAGUUGACGGAAUCGACGAUGAAAAGGAAUGGAAUAGCCUUAUAAGCGCACUGGAUGUGCUUGGUUUUGAUAAAGAGGAACAAUUCAAUCUCUUUAAAGUCGUCGGUGCUAUUCUCCACUUAGGAAACAUAGACAUCAAGGGUGAUAGACAAGGACAAGCACGCAUAGAUGAUAAGGACGCUCUUGAGAGAUUGUCAUUCGUAUUGGGUCUUUCAUCCUCCAAGGAGCUGGAACAAUCAAUUGUGAACCCACGAGUAAUGGCUGGCAAAGAGACUGUUAUUCAAUCACGUUCGGAAGAUCAAGCGAGAGCUGAAAUUGCUUCUCUUGCUAAAACCAUAUAUGAAAAGAACUUUUCGAAACUUAUUGAAAAAAUCAACACAGUCCUUGAUAGAGCAACAGAAAGUAAUACUUUCAUCGGUGUUCUCGAUAUUGCAGGAUUUGAAAUAUUCCAAAAGAACUCAUUCGAACAGCUUUGCAUUAAUUACACUAACGAGUGUUUGCAACAAUUCUUCAAUCAUCAUAUGUUUGUGUUGGAACAAGAAGAGUAUCAGAGAGAAGGGAUAGAAUGGAAUUUCGUAAACUUCGGUCUCGACUUGCAACCCACUAUCAAUCUUAUCGAGAGUGUCUCUCCAAUUGGUAUUCUCAGCUGUUUAGAUGAGGAAUGUAUCAUGCCAAAAGCAAGUGAUCAGACAUUCACACAAAAGCUCACCUCCCUUUGUCUCAACAGGGAAGAUAACAGUAAAUCGAAAUUCAGUCCAUCGAAGUUCGGCGAUGAAGGGUUCAUUGUGCAACACUAUGCUGGCAAAGUUGAGUAUGAUACCGAUGGCUGGCUUGAAAAGAACAAAGAUCCAAUUAAUGAUCACUUGACGAAGUUAUUGGCAAAUAGUUCAGAUCCAUAUAUCGCAGAUAUGUUCACAGAAUAUGCCAGUGACGAUAGAAAAGCAAGAGGAAAAGGUGGUGCAUUCAGAACUGUAGCUCAAAGACAUAAGGAGCAACUAAAUGCGCUUAUGAAGCAACUCAACUCGACACAACCACAUUUCGUUAGAUGUAUUUUACCAAAUUCGAUAAAGAAACCUGGUAGAAUUGAGGUCGGAUUGGUUCUCGAUCAGCUUCGCUGUAAUGGUGUUUUAGAAGGUAUAAGAAUAGCAAGAUUGGGAUAUCCGAAUAGAUUACCAUUCUCAGAGUUCAGAUCUAGAUAUGGUGUCCUCACGCCUGACGUUAUUUCAGUUCAUUAUAUGGAUGCCAGGAAAGUCUGUCAGAGAAUGCUAGAGAGUCUCGGACUCGACGUUGAACUAUACCGACUUGGUAAUAGUAAGAUAUUCUUUAAAGCCGGUGUGCUUGCCGAAAUGGAAGAAAGAAGGGACGCAAUCCUCUACGAUUUGUUUGCAUCCAUCCAGGCUUCCUCGAGGGGCUUCAUCACAAGACGGAUAAUACACAAGAUGAGAAACAAAUCAAAUGCUGCGCAAGUCAUAGGGAAGAAUAUCACACUCUACAACGAGCUUACACAAUGGCCUUGGUGGAUGGUCUACGAGAAAGUAAAACCGCUCUUGACGGCCACGCGAUCAGAAGAGGAGUUAAGAAUGCGUGAUGAGAAACUCGAGUUGUUGCAGAAGAAGUUAGACGCUAUUGAACAUGACCAACAUGAAAACAACGCUGAGGCCAAGCGUCUCCAGAAGCUACUCCUAACGACCCAGACUGAGCUCGAAUCUGAGAAGAAUCAGUCAGUCAACCACCAACACGUCAUAGAGAGAUUCCAGACCCGCGAGAUUGAAAUGGGAGAAGAAAGCGAUCAUCUCAAAACACUUGUGCGUGAUCUUGAAGACCAACUGGAGAAGGCUUUGAGUGGCUUAAAAGAGUCUGAAGCGCGUCAUGUCGACCUAAGGAAUGACUUUGAUAGAGCCAGCAGUGAAAUUCUGCGUUUGGAAAGAGCAGUAGAGGACAAUACCAAAAUGAAGAGUCUAGCGGAUGAGUAUGAAACCAAAUUGUCAGUUACAGCAUCUGAGCGUGAUAAAUUUGCAAGGGAACUCUCUUCUAUCAGGUCAACCUUAAAUGAAACUACGUCAGAUUUGAAACAAUACCAAGAAAAAAGUCGUAAAUCUGAUGAUCUUGCUUCAAGAUGUAAAGAAGUGGAGAUGGAAUUGGCGCAAGUUAUAGAAGAGUUCAAGGAAUCUAAGAGCAGUAGAGAUGAAGAGAUUGAAGGAUUACGCCAACAACUUGCGCAAUCUAUCGAUGAUGCCAGUCUUGCUAGAAGUGAGAGCGACACGUACAAGAAGCGCACGCAUGAGUUGGAAACAUUCGAGGAUAGCUACAAAAGACUUCGAAAAGAUCAUGAUAAUGAGGUUUCUGGAUUACGUCAAAAGGAUCAGGAGAACGAGGAGCUUAUUAGACAAUUGCAAGCGCAAUUGAGCAAUAGCGAGGAGAAGAAUGAACGUAUAAUGCAAGAGUUUGGCUCAAUGAGGGAUAUUCAAUCCGAAUUCGAAUCCAUUCUUCGUCAAUCGAAUGAAGAGAAGGAGGUAGGUGCUACUGAUAUAACAUGACUCACAUUUAACAUGCAUUUUAGCAACUUCUUAGAACCUU